GAUGUUCAAUUGGGUUUUACUUUGAAAAGUUCCACCGGAAGUAGAUUGCCAGUACAGUGUCUACCUUGACGCGGUUGCCUGGUGUAGAUAACUUGGCUGCGCCGGGGGAGCGCGCACACACACGGAGAGCAAGUGAUGGGAGACUCCGCAGCCGCUGACGCGCGCUUCGCCCACCGAGCGACAGUUUCUGUCUUGUGCUCUUUUUUGUCUUCUCUCGUUUUUCACCUUUGUCAAGAAUAAAACUAUCCAAGUUACUGUGCAGGCCAGAAGUGGAAGAAGUGAAAGAGGGAGCCGAAAGCGCGCAGUGCCAUUCGCCGUCAGAUUCUUUAUUGCCUCUUGUGCGUUCCGGGGGAGAUUACGCAUCGAUCGUCCCACACUCUGAGACAUGGCAGAGGAGUGAGGCGCCCUCGCCAAAAUGCCUGGUGACCGGAAUGUAACUUUUCCACGCCGGCCCUAUGGAAUAUAGUCCGAUUUUACACAGCCUUCAUGUUGUGCCAUCAUCCCACGUGAAAAACAAACUCCUGGUGUUCCUCAUCAUGCUGUCCCUCUGGGUGUACAUGAUUUACUGUUGUGUCGCCUACUGCUCCACGGUGCCCGACCUGGCGUACGGCUCGGCGAGCAGGCGCGACAAGGACCCAGCGGGCGACAAGCGGGAGCCGUCCCUCGGGGCGUCCCGGGACCUGCUGAACAACGAGAACGACUUGGACAGCAGAGGAGACGAGUGGGACGACACUAGGGCCGAGGCGAAGGCGCCGGGCGACAAUGCCAUGUCGGCUUUCCUCAACGAGUCGGAGAGUAGAAAGUUGCCCCAGGCGAUCAUCAUCGGGGUGAAGAAGGGAGGGACGCGGGCGCUGCUGGAGUUCCUGCGCCUGCAUCCGGACAUCAGGGCGGUGGGAGCCGAGCCGCACUUCUUCGACCGCAACUACGACAAGGGGCUGGAGUGGUACAGGGAAUUGAUGCCCAAAUCAUCGGAGGGCCAGUUGACCAUGGAGAAGACCCCCAGCUACUAUGUCACCAAGGAGGUCCCGGCUCGAAUCCACACCAUGUCUAAAGACACAAAGCUGAUUGUAGUCGUCCGGGAUCCGGUCACACGAGCGAUCUCAGACUACACCCAGACCCGCUCCAAGAAGCCGGACAUCCCCUCCUUCGAGAGCCUGACCUUUAAGAACAUCUCAGCGGGCCUGAUUGACACCACGUGGAGCGCCGUUCAAAUCGGCAUGUACGCCAAGCACCUCGAGCGCUGGCUCCAAUUCUUCCCCAUGGAGCAGCUGCUGUUUGUUAGCGGAGAGCACUUGAUUAGCGAUCCUGCGGGGGAGAUGGCUCGUGUUCAGGACUUUCUCGGACUCAGGAAGGUGGUGACGGAGAGGCAUUUCCACUUUAACCCGGCGAAGGGCUUCCCCUGCCUUAAGAGACCUGAGGGGAACAGCAAGCCACACUGCCUGGGCAAAACCAAAGGCAGGACCCAUCCUAAUAUUGACCCAGAGGUGGUUCAGAGGCUAAGGGACUUUUAUAAACCCUUUAAUAGUCAAUUUUACCACAUGACCGGUCAUGACUUUGGCUGGGACUGAGAUGAAAAUUAUGAAAACUACUCAUGCUGGGGGGGUUUUUCUGGAGAUAUUGUUAUACAGUGUAUGUACAGUAUUUGGUGGAUAUGUAAAAAGUUCAGAAGUCUAUUUUAUGAUAAUUUAUUGCUAUAGUAAUAUUAACCCACUAAGCUGCCUAACCGGGUUUAUUCAAGAUCACACCUUUCAUCCCGUUUUAAUUCUCAUUACAUACAUAAACAUUUUUUAUAAAAAAAAGCACAAUUCUUUACGGGUAUUAUGACCAGGGUCAGUUUUGUUUUUCUUUACCAUAACUUUGUUACUUUCCUCAAAUGCUGCAUUUGCUUCACCUUAAACGGAAAGAGAUCCAACUUCCCAAACAACUGGUAAUGUCCCCUUAACAUUCGCCUGACCCUCAGAGGUCCAUGGAGCCACUUAGUCAGGUCGAUACAGGCCUCAGCUGAUCCAGUGCCACUUGCCAGGUGGAUCAAUACAGUAAUAGCUCCUAAUCAUGUCACUUAGAUCUGAGUGAUGGCACUGCCCCGAUCUCCCAAGCACUGCGAUAAAACAGGGGUCCGUUAAUGGCACUAAGUUUAUGGUUGACCCUUGAGCCAACUUCCAAGUAAAUAUAAUAAUAUACAAUAAAGUCCAUUGCAAUGUUUUGACUCAACCACUAUUUAUACUGUUACCACAGAGGAAUGUUGAUUAGAAUCCCAUAGAAGCUCGACACUUGUUGGAUGGCGGCUUUAUCCACUGUUUCCCCCCCAAAACCUGCUGCUCAGGCGUCGUGAUGCCUAAUCAUUUACUGCCCUUAACAAACAGACAGUGAUUCAUAUGACUCAGUCACAUCCACUGAUGUGCGCUGAAAUGGCACGUAUGGAUUAUUCUGAUUACAGCUGGUGAUUCCUAGACAUGUUGAUGAUGCCCUUAUCCACGAUACAUCAGCAGAUAGCAAAAUAAGCAUUUCUUUAAAGUAUUUUUAUCAUAUACUUUCAGUGAUAGCUGGAGAGAAUUAAAAACAAGUUUCAUGAAUGGUUGAGUUUUAUUCAACCUAUUUUUUUUUUUUUAACAGACUUCAUUUCGCAAUGACAUACUGCGACCCUGUUGUUGUAGAGGCACUAUUCUGCUGUAAAAAAGUACUUAUUAAAUAUGGAACUGAAGCAGGUUUCACUGAGACAUUGAUCAAAAAGUGCAGCCAUGUCAUUUUCUUUUCUUUUUCAUGGAGCAAGAAAUAAAUGUUUUACCAAAUUGUA